AUGUCUCUCUCCUCCACUCUCCGUCUCUCCUCCUCCCUCCUCCGUCGCUCCCUCUCCCAAUCUCGCCACUUUCCGUUUCCCCUUUCUGACCCACUAUGCCGUCUCCGCCACAGCGUUGCCUCCGACGCUCGCUUCUUCUCCUCCCGUACUUCCCGGUCCUCCAAGGCUGUCCAUGCUUCCAAGCGCGCCGACGAGCAGCUCAAUGAGGGCUCCGGAGCCAACAAUGGCGGUUUAGCUGUUUCUGGGGACGGUAACAACGGCGAUUCUCGUAUUGUGCCCUAUGAGCUUCACAAGGAAGCUACGGAGUCUUACAUGUCGUACGCUCUCUCUGUUUUGCUUGGAAGGGCUUUGCCUGAUGUCAGAGACGGUCUAAAGCCAGUACACCGGAGAAUUCUCUUUGCAAUGCAUGAAUUGGGGAUGUCAUCGAAAAAGCCAUACAAGAAAUGUGCAAGAGUUGUUGGAGAGGUUCUUGGUAAAUUUCACCCGCAUGGAGAUACAGCUGUUUAUGAUUCUCUCGUUAGGAUGGCUCAGAAUUUCUCCUUGAGAUGUCCUCUUAUCCAAGGCCAUGGGAAUUUUGGCUCGAUAGAUGCAGAUCCUCCUGCAGCCAUGCGUUACACUGAGUGCAGACUUGACCCACUUGCAGAGGCAGUAUUACUAUCUGAUCUUGACGAAGAUACGGUUGAUUUUUCGCCCAACUUUGAUAACUCACAAAAAGAACCAGAAGUGUUGCCUGCUCGUCUUCCUGCUUUAUUGUUGAAUGGAGCUUCCGGGAUUGCGGUUGGCAUGGCAACCAAUAUUCCUCCUCAUAAUCUUGGGGAGUUGGUAGAUGUGCUCAUCGCUCUAAUCCAUAAUCCAGAAGCAUCGCUGCAAGAACUGCUCGAAUACAUGCCUGCUCCGGACUUUCCAACUGGAGGGGUUAUAAUGGGAAACCUCGGGGUCUUAGACGCUUAUCGAACUGGCCGAGGGCGUGUCGUAGUCAGAGGAAAAGCUGAAGUUGAACUGUUGGAUCCCAAGACAAAGCGCAACGCAGUUAUUAUCUCAGAGAUUCCUUACCAGACAAACAAAGCUACGCUUGUCCAGAAGAUUGCCGAACUUGUUGAAAACAAGACUCUAGAGGGAAUAAGUGACAUACGUGACGAGAGUGAUCGUAAUGGGAUGCGUGUGGUUAUUGAGCUCAAACGAGGAGCGGAUCCUGCACUUGUGCUAAAUAACCUUUACCGGCACACUGCCCUCCAAUCAAGCUUUAGCUGCAACAUGGUUGGUAUCUGUGAUGGAGAACCCAAGCUAAUGGGUCUAAAAGAACUACUUCAGGCGUUUAUAGAUUUCAGAUAUUCUGUUGUCGAAAGGCGUGCAAAGUUCAAGCUUUCACAUGCACAACAAAGGAUGCAUAUAAUUGAGGGUAUUAUGAUUGCACUUAAAGAUGUGGAUAAAGUUAUCAAAAUCAUCCAAAAAGGCUCAAUUGAUUCCUCUGCUUCUGCUGAUUUACAGACUGAAUAUGGUCUUUCUGAGAAACAAGCUGAGGCUAUACUGGCGAUAACCCUUCGAAGACUAAGUGCUCUUGAGCGGAAAAAGUUUACUGACGAGAGUAGUUCGCUCAAGGAGCAAAUUACAAAGUUGGACCAGCUAUUAUCAAGCCGAACAAACAUCUUAAAGGUAAUCGAACAAGAAGCAAUAGAGCUGAAGGACAGAUUCUCAAGUCCCAGACGCUCAGUGCUGGAAGAUUCUGACAGCGGUGAUCUGGACGACAUAGAUGUUAUUCCAAAUGAAGAGAUGUUGAUGGCAGUGAGCGAAAAAGGUUAUGUGAAAAGGAUGAAGGCUGAUACGUUCAACCUCCAGCAUCGUGGAACCAUUGGCAAAUCUGUUGGGAAACUGAGAGUUGAUGACACCAUGUCUGACUUUCUUGUUUGUCAUGCACAUGACCAUGUCCUCUUCUUCAGCGAUCGUGGUAUAGUUUACUCAACACGUGCUUAUAAAAUCCCGGAAUGCUCCCGCAAUGCAGCUGGUACACCUUUGGUUCAGAUACUAUCCAUGUCAGAAGGUGAAAGAGUAACAUCCAUUGUUCCUGUUAGCGAGUUUGCUGAAGACCGCUAUCUCCUGAUGCUCACGGUGAACGGCUGCAUCAAGAAAGUCUCUUUGAAGUUAUUUUCAGGAAUACGCUCAACUGGAAUCAUCGCAAUUCAAUUGAAUUCUGGUGAUGAACUGAAAUGGGUUCGAUGCUGCUCAAGCGAUGAUCUUGUGGCCAUGGCGUCCCAAAAUGGAAUGGUCGUCCUAAGUACAUGUGAUGGUGUUCGAACACUGAGCAGAAAUACAAAGGGAGUGACUGCCAUGAGACUCAGGAGAAAGGAUAAGAUGGCGAGCAUGGACAUCAUCCCUGCUUCUCUGCGGAAAGAUAUGAAAAAGAAGUCAGAAGACACUUCCAUUGUCGAGAAUAAAUCCACCGGUCCAUGGCUAUUGUUCGUGUGUGAGAAUGGCUACGGAAAGCGUGUUCCUCUGAGUAGCUUCAAGCCGUCACGUUUGAACAGAGUUGGUUUGAUUGGAUCUAAGUUUGCGGAGGAUGAUCGCUUGGCUGCAGUUUUUGUCGUCGGUUACUCCUUAGCUGAGGAUGGAGAAAGCGAUGAACAAGUGGUUCUAGUGAGCCAAAGCGGUACAGUGAACCGGAUUAAAGUCAGGGAUGUCUCGAUCCAAUCUCGCCGUGCACGGGGAGUGAUUCUCAUGCGACUAGAUCAUUCCGGGAAGAUUCAAUCUGCGUCUCUAAUCUCUGCAGCAGAUGAAGAAGAAGAAGACGGCAAAGGAAUUCCGAGUCUUGAAGAAGCUGCGAGCUUGUAA